AUGGUGGAGGGGAGGGGGAAGAGAAGUUGUCCAUGUCGGCAGAGCGCACCAGCCUCUCCACGCAGAGCAACGCAAAGGGGAAUCUUCCGGUUUUGCAGACGUCUGCAGUUAAACGGAGACAGGAGCCAGCUGUCCUAGAUCACAUUUUAUCCAAUAAAGGCAUCGCCAGGCCCGGAUGUGUCGAUGAAUUUCUUCGGGAAACUACAAACCUUCCUGCUGCUGGUGCUCCUCGCAGCGCAAGGCUGCAUCUCAUCCAAGGCAGAGGACAGAUUAUUCCGAAGGUUGUUCCGAAGAUACAACCAGUUUAUCCGACCUGUGGAGAAUGUAUCCGAUCCAGUUACUGUGGAGUUUGAGGUGUCCAUAUCGCAGCUUGUUAAAGUGGAUGAAGUGAAUCAAAUUAUGGAAACCAACCUGUGGCUGAGACAUGUUUGGAAUGACUACAAACUGAGAUGGACCCCUGUAGAAUAUGAUGGUAUUGAGUACAUACGAGUUCCAUCCAACAAGAUUUGGAGACCGGAUAUUGUCUUAUACAACAAUGCUGUAGGAGACUUUCUUGUAGAAGACAAGACCAAAGCCCUGCUGAAGUUUGAUGGUACCAUCACUUGGGUCCCCCCAGCUAUAUUCAAAUCCUCCUGCCCAAUGGACAUCACUUACUUCCCCUUUGACUACCAAAACUGCUCUAUGAAGUUUGGAUCCUGGACGUAUGACAAAGCAAAGAUUGACUUGGUGCUCAUUGGCUCAAAGGUGAACCUGAAAGACUUCUGGGAAAGUGGGGAGUGGGAAAUCAUCGAUGCACCUGGAUACAAGCACGACAUAAAGUAUAACUGCUGUGAGGAAAUCUACCCAGACAUCACCUACUCCUUUUACAUCCGCCGCCUGCCUCUCUUCUACACCAUAAACCUCAUCAUCCCCUGCCUUCUCAUCUCCUUCCUCACCGUGCUGGUCUUCUAUCUGCCAUCGGACUGUGGGGAGAAGGUCACCCUGUGCAUCUCGGUCCUGCUUUCCCUCACCGUCUUCCUGCUGGUCAUCACUGAAACCAUCCCCUCAACGUCGCUCGUCAUCCCGCUGAUUGGAGAGUAUCUUCUCUUUACCAUGAUUUUUGUGACUCUGAGCAUCGUCAUCACCGUCUUCGUGCUGAACGUCCACUACCGUACUCCAAUGACUCACACCAUGCCGGAGUGGGUGAGGAUGGUGUUCCUCGGGGUGCUGCCCAGGGUUAUGCUGAUGAGACGGCCUAUUGACCAGGGCUGCUCUGCACCUGCCAGAAUCACAGGGGUGACAGGAGGAGGUGUCACCAGUGGAGGUCUUAAGAAGAGAAAGACCAGCGUAGGUGGAGGAAGCAGCUCAGGAAGUGUAAGUGUUGGCGGUAUAACUGGAGGCGUAGCAUGCCCUCCGCUGGAUAGUGGCUCAGCAGGUGGAGGAACCUCCUCAGCUGGGGGCUCCAUGAACUGUGUGGAAUACGGCGAGAUAAACCGAGACCUUCACAGAGACAUGACCAGGAGGUGUCCCUACAGGGGCAAGGAGGUACCGACUCCUGUUCCACCGCCAAUGGUUCCCCCGCCUCCCCCCGCCGCACCCCCGACUCAGGGCCCCCCAGAGUCUGAGCUUCCGAAGGUGCCGAGGCCUCUGAACGCCUCGUCGCCAGUCAGCGCUGUUGUUGCCUUUUCUGUGGUGUCGCCAGAGAUCAAGCAGGCCAUUGAGAGCGUGAAAUACAUAGCAGAAAACAUGAGGACACGGAACAAAGCCAAGGAGGUGGAGGAUGACUGGAAGUACGUUGCCAUGGUCAUCGACAGGAUUUUCCUGUGGGUUUUUGUGACUGUGUGUGUGUUGGGAACUCUGGGUCUCUUCCUCCAGCCACUUAUAAGCUUCUUCAAAUGAGAAACUUGUCUUGGCCCCUUUUUUCCCCGCCUUUCUUGUCUACUCCCGUUUCUUUGAACCUUACUUAAGUUACGCCUGGAAAUAACCUGCUUAAGCAGCGUCAAAUCAAGCACAAGAUUACUGUUGUCUCCUGUUGUUAGGCUUCUGUCACCGUCACUCCUCUCUCUGUGUCUUACUCGCCUCUGGGGCGCCAUCAUCUGCCAUCGCUUCUAGCUCUCAGCUGUAGAUUUCCUUAAAUUACUUAAACACAUCUCCUUAUUCCUCAUCUCUUUUGCCCUUUCAGCUUUUAAUUCAUUGCUAGAGACAUGCUAUUAUCUUGUCUUCAUCCUUGGAUCAAACAUUUUCCAUAACCUGAUUAUCUUGUCGUCUCCCCUCUGUUUAUUUUUCACCUCGCCAUCGCUGUGCUUUGAGCUCCCACUGGUGACAUCUUUUCACUGUUAUCUUCUGUUAAUCUUUGGGACUGCAGUUUAGAUGUCAGUUUCCAAGAAGGUCUUGGAAACAUUUUUCACUAAAAGAAAAGAGAACACGUGAAUAAUUUUGCAGUAGCACUUUGUCAUUGAAAGCCAGUGCAAUAAUGACACUGUUGUUAGAAACUAUAGCACAAUAGGCUCUUUUCUGUGUAUGACAAUUGCACAGAUGUUUUCUGGUAGAAGAUAAUGUUCUUUUUGUCUAAAAUGUUUAGUUGCCAGUGUUUACGGUUUCCUCGUAGAAGAAAAAAAAAUAGCAUGCUGACCUUUCACCAAUAAUGAUGGCAUCUUUUCCAGGAUAUAUAUCUGCACAACAGGGGUUUGCAAUGUAUUAAGGCACUUUUAACCACACAAUGUACAACUGAACCUGUAAAACCUGACUUGAAACAAUAAAACAGUCUAAUUAAAUUAA